AUGACAAACAACCUUCCUAGUCAAAUAAAGAUCGGCUCGUGGAACACAGGAGGACUACGAACAAACCAAAACACCAUGGGAGUGAUCUUGGAGGAAGAAGAUUACGAUAUCUUCGCUACACAAGAAACGAGAUUGCCAGGUGACACACACAGAUUCGCCUGGCCAGGCUACAACGUUUAUAGAUACGAUAUAAACGGACGCUCCGGAGGUACAACGAUCUUAGUGAAAAAAGAGUUGUGCCAACACCGAAUAAACUCACCGGACGGACUACUUAGCAUGGAGGCGACAAUAGUAGUCAUUAAAACAUCAUACGGCGAUAUUAGGAGAUCUGAAUGCCAAGUCCCCUGCGUGGUACUGCAUAAGAAGAAACAGACAAGGAGAAACUUGGAGAAGAUCAUAGAAGAUCACCCAUCCUAUCAAGCGAUAGGACCAGUAAGACCGACACACUACCCACCAAACGGAGGAAGGCCCGAGGUUAUAGACAUCGCUGUGUUGAGAGACAUGACGAUGCCUGUAGAAAUCGGGACCAUAGACGGCGGCGACACUCACUCAGCAAUCAUCGUCACUAUUGGUAGCGGCAACAGACAAACAGGAAGAACCGUGAGAAAAACCAACUGGGAUAAAUUCAGAAGGCUAACAGGACAGCUGUUAGGACCAAUCACGGAAAUAAAAAGCAAGGAGAUGCUAGAAGAACAGGUCUGUUUCUUCGAAGAAGCACUAUCAGAAGCGAUAGAACGAAGUACCACAAUGACCGUAUCAGACAAAUACGGCAGAUUCAAAAAUAUAAGCGACGAUCUGGGAAAUCUGAUUAGGGAGAAAAAUCGAAUAGCUAGAAGAGCCCAAAGGACACAAAACCCAGAAGAAAGAAGGAGAGUCAGGGAAAUGAAACAGGAAAUUCAAGAAAAAUUACAGGAUCACAGGAGCGAGGAAUGGAAAAGAAGGAUAAACGAAUUAGACCCGCAAGAACCCGGAUUAUGGAACAUAUCUAAAGUACUAAAAGAAGAAAGUAAACCAAUACCACCAAUACACGGAAGCAAAGGGAUGGCGUACACAGACAAAGAGAAGGCAGAAGAGCUGAAAAACACAAUGAAACUUCAGUUCACACUGAACGAACAUCCCGACGAAGACAUGGACUUCUCAGACAUGAUAAAAAAAACAUCAACGAAUACCUAG